GAUUAGUGUAGUCUAGGAGUCUGUUAACAUGUUAAUCGGCCACUGGACCUUUUGAUAUAUACCAACAGGAGUCUCGUGUGCGCAUUUUAUGCGGCUGAUCUGCCAUUGCAUUUGAGUCGCAAAAGGCUUUUGUGAAGCCGGGGAUCGGAAUGUACACGCGGUCUAAUUGGCCGUUUAGGGGGCGUUGCUCUGGGUGGCAGGUUUCCGUCGUUAAGGAGGGACUGCAUGCAGUGGCUCGGCGUUCACAGGUUAGGAUUAUUGCCGGUUUUCGCCGCAUCCAGUAAAGUGCGGGGUCUGUGAGCAGAAUGAGCGGCCGUGUGGGCGAUCUGAGCCCGAAACAAUCUGAAGCCCUGCAGCAGUUGCGAGAGAGAAUCCAGGAUAUUUUGCCGCAGCUUCCAGUGCAGCAUGACCAUUUCCUGCUCCGCUGGCUCAGAGCCAGAUCCUUCAGUGUGUCGAAGGCAGAAGCAAUGCUUCGAAAGCAUGUGGAAUUCCGGAAACGCAUGAAGGUGGACACCAUAACUACUGACUGGCAGCCACCGGAGGUGAUUGAGCAGUAUCUGGCAGGGGGAAUGUGCGGCUAUGACAGAGAAGGGAGCCCCAUCUGGUAUGAUGUCAUCGGCCCACUGGACCCCAAGGGCCUCCUCCUCUCUGCCAGUAAACAGGAUUUUCUGAGAUAUAAGAUACGAAACACAGAGAUGCUUCGAAUGGAAUGUGAGAAGCAAUCCAAGUUGCUGGGAAAGAAUGUGGAGUCAAUUACCUUGAUUUAUGACUGUGAGGGUCUGGGCCUCAAACACCUGUGGAAACCGGCUAUCGAAGCCUAUGGAGAGGUGCUCACCAUGUUUGAGGAGAAUUACCCUGAAGGACUCAAGAGAUUGUUCCUCAUAAAAGCUCCGAAGCUCUUCCCUGUCGCCUACAACCUGGUGAAGCAUUUGCUGUGUGAAGACACCCGUCAGAAGAUCAAUAUCCUGGGGGAUGAUUGGCCAGAGGUUUUACGGGGACACAUUGACCCCGAGCAGCUGCCGAUGGCGUACGGGGGCAAUCUCACUGACCCUGAUGGGGAUCCCAGGUGCAGGACCAAGAUUAAGUAUGGAGGAGUUGUACCAAAGUCAUACUACAAGCAGGACUCCAUCAAAAUGCAGUACGACCAGAGCAUCACCGUCAGCCGUGGAUCCUCCCACCAGCUGGAAUAUGAGAUCCUCUUCCCCGGAAGCGUACUGCGGUGGCAGUUCAUGAGUGAUGGUGCAGACAUUGGCUUCGGGGUCUUCAUGAAAAGCAAGGUGGGCGAGAGACAGCGGGCGAGUGAAAUGGCAGAGGUGCUGCCUAGUCAGCGUUACAACGCCCACCUGGUGCCUGAGGAUGGCUUCCUAACCUGUGCCAGCGCUGGUGUCUAUGUGCUGCGAUUCGACAACACCUAUAGCGUGAUCCACGCCAAGAAGGUCAGCUUCUCAGUGGAGGUCCUGUUGCCUGAGAACCAGUCGCAGUCAUCUAAGGGUAAAAACGGGCCUGAUCAGGAGAAGGAACUGGCCACAAACGGAAAAUAGCAACAAAAGACAACUGCAGUAGAAAGGGCUGCUUAUCCUCCGAUUUGAUGCUGUUUAAAUCAUGAAGGCGGCUUCAUUUUAAAUGCAGUGCUUCCAGGUUUAAAGCUGAGACACAGAUUAAUGUUCAGAAUAAUAUUAGUUGGAAAGAAGAAAAAGGCAGAGGAUAUAAUUGUUUUUAUGAAUUAAAUAUCCACACAAAGAGCUCCAGGUUUGUGGAUUAUAGUUUUUCUUCAGGGUUCAUUUGCUAAAUUCUGCCAAUAAUAAUUAAAGCUUAACCAGUUGUAUCAAUGAAAGGCAACAAACAUCUGCGAAUUUGUGAAUUUCAACAAUGCUUCGUUAAUCUUUUAAAAAAUAUUUGAUAUUACUCAUUUAAAUGUUUAUCCUGUAACUACAAACAAGGGGUCGGGGUCAGAUUAUGAAUUAAAACAAUUUUUCAGUAACUGAAGUAAAAUUAACCUAGAGAAGCCAAACUGGGCAUUCUGAAAUCACCUGUAUAAAAUUGACAUCUGAAACAUAAAGAUUUGUUUUCUAAUAAGAAGAUCUAUUAGCCUCACUGGUAGCCUCGCUGGUAGCCCACUGUUAGCCUCACUGGUAGCCUCGCUGGUAGCUGUUGCCUCGCUGGUAGCCUUACUGGUAGCCCCACUGGUAGCCUCACUGGUAGCCUCGCUUGUAGCCUCGCUGUUAGCCCCACUGGUAGCCCCACUGGUAGCCUCGCUGGUAGCCUCACUGUUAGCCUCACUGUUAGCCCCACUGUUAGCCUCGCUGUUAGCCCCAGUGUUAGCCCCACUGUUAGCCCCACUGUUAGCCUCGCUGGUAGCCCCACUGUUAGCCUCGCUGGAAGCCUCACUGGUAGCCCCACUGGUAGCCUCGCUGGUAGCCUCACUGUUAGCCUCACUGUUAGCCCCACUGUUAGCCUCGCUGUUAGCCCCAGUGUUAGCCCCAGUGUUAGCCCCACUGUUAGCCUCACUGGUAGCCCCACUGUUAGCCUCGCUGGAAGCCUCACUGUUAGCCCCACUGUUAGCCCCACUGGUAGUCUCGCUGGUAGCCUCACUGUUAGCCCCACUGUUAGCCUCGCUAGUAGCCUCACUGUUAGCCCCACUGUUAGCCUCGCUGGUAACCUCACUGUUAGCCUCGCUGGAAGCCUCACUGGUAGCCUCGCUUGUAGCCCCACUGGUAGCCUCGCUGUUAACCUCGCUAAUAGCCUUCUGAUCACAUUACACUAGCAAACCAACUCCUACCACAGAGCAUUAGAGAAGCUGCUAACACACAGUAUUACACAACGAUGAGCUAGUUAGCUAAAACUCAGAUGAGCAUCAUCCAUUUCCACUGAAGACAUAUCUCUUACAAGCAUGUGUACUUAUUGGUUGAGUGAUGAUAUAAUAAUUGACUACGUCUGAUUAAGGUUGAAUUUACCCGAAUAUUUGCUCAUUUCCGCAACCUCCAAAAAUUGCUUUGCAUCCUUAUUUAUACGCUGGUCCAUUCUGUUGGUGCCUCCUUAUUACAUUUAUUCAUUUAAAACGAUCCUUUUUGAAAUAUAUACCAUGGAAAAAGUGACUGACAUGAUGUGAAAACUGCUGUGUAUGAUCUGCAUUGAACAACCUAUCCUGAUUUUACUGUUGAUUUAUCAAAGAGCUUAACAUGAGUUACUGUAUCUGAAAUGAAUUCCAUGAUUAUAUAUUUAGCCUUACAAUUUAGCUUCUGUACUUGUAUCAAAGUUUCAUUGUGUCAUACAGAGCAGGUUUUAUGCAAUUUAAGAUCCACUGUGUGAUGUUUUACGUAAUUCUUGACUACAUGCAGUAUUAAAGCAAUGGAUAAUUUUGUAAUAACAGCAACAAAGAAGCCUCGUUAAUGAAAUAUGUUUAACAAACACGGUCUGUAUAUCUGUAAUUUGUUUAUUAUAUACAGCACACGUCUUGGGCCCAGCAGCUAAUGCUAACCCUUCCUUGGAAAACAUGCUGCCAUCUUUUAUUCAGGAUUUUGUGUGUGAGAAGAUGCCUUCAGUGGACUUGAACUUUCAGGAAGGGAAAGUCCACAAAGCUUCUCUCAUGAAUGUCAGCAUUGCAGGUUAAGGACCAUCCACUUGUUUGCUGAUGAACAACUCGCAGAUUUCCUCGUCUCUGUUUUUCCCAAGUUAUCGAAGCCUGUUCGUCACAUGACAUACUUUACUGCCUCGCGAUGCAUGUUGAAAUUUCCCUUAUGCUGUCAAUGAUACAACAUUAAGUGCAAACCUAAAUAAUAUAUUUAAUUAGUAGAUAUCACAUUUGCCUUCCUAAAAAUUACAUUAAAAAAUCAAAACAAACACAGAUAUAAUUCCCUUCCUUGUCCCCAUAGCUUUCGGGAUGUAACUCCAGGCCAGACUAGCAGAUCCUAUCUUAGCUGUAUGGUUAUGGGGUUUGGGCCUGAUUUAGGGAAAAGGCUGUUACAGGUUCCAGACCCCUGUUUUAGUCAUUUGCAAUAAAUUGUUUCUAGGUA